ACCAAAUAAGGCGAAGGGCGGAACAAGUAUUACGAACGUGAGCGUGUGUGGGAGGUGCUGUCGCGAGUGUCAUACGUAUUGUCGUUACAGCUUUCCGUAGGCAUUAGAAUUUUCCUAUUCGAAAUUUCGUUAAAUAUCAGUGGGUGCGAAGGAGACUGUAUAUCAGGAAGAUGUCGUAUGAAACAAAAUAUAUAUUUGCUGCAUUACCAAGGACUCAAAGAGGACAACCACUUGUGCUAGGUGGUGAUCCCAAAGGAAAAAACUUUUUAUACACCAAUGGCAACAGUGUUAUCAUUAGAAAUAUAGAUAAUCCAGCAAUUGCAGAUAUUUAUACAGAACAUUCUUGCCCAGUAAAUGUUGCCAAAUAUUCUCCUAGUGGUUUCUAUAUAGCCUCAGGAGAUCAAUCGGGUAAAGUACGUAUUUGGGAUACAGUUAACAAAGAACAUAUAUUAAAAAAUGAAUUCCAUCCUAUCGGUGGACCCAUUAAAGAUAUUGCCUGGUCACCAGAUAGUCAACGCAUGGUUGUAGUUGGAGAAGGAAGAGAAAGAUUUGGACAUGUCUUUAUGGCAGAAACAGGAACUUCAGUAGGUGAGAUCUCUGGUCAGAGUAAGCCUAUCAAUUCGUGCGAUUUCAGACCGGCAAGACCGUUUCGAUUAAUAACAGGAAGCGAAGAUAAUACUAUUGCCGUGUUUGAAGGGCCUCCAUUCAAGUUCAAGAUGACAAAGCAAGAACAUACUCGUUUUGUCCAAACUGUACGUUAUUCGCCUGAUGGAAAUCUAUUUGCUUCUGGUGGAUUUGAUGGAAAAGUAUUUAUAUAUAAUGGAACAACUUCUGAUCUUAUUGGGGAAGUAGGAUCUCCUGCACAUCAAGGUGGAGUCUAUGGGGUUGCAUGGAAACCUGAUAGUAAACAAUUAUUAACUGCUUCUGGAGAUAAAACAUGUAAACUGUGGGAUGUAGAAACGCGUUCUUUAAUUACCGAGUUCAAUAUGGGAACAACAGUUGAUGAUCAACAAGUAAGCUGUUUAUGGCAAGGAAAGCAUUUAUUAUCCGUGUCACUUAGUGGCUUCAUCAAUUAUCUUGAUGUCGACAAUCCUCAAAAGCCUAUAAGGAUAAUAAAAGGUCAUAACAAACCAAUAACGGUACUAACAUUAAGUCCUGAUAGAGGUACGAUUUAUACUGGGUCUCAUGAUGGUUACAUUACUAAUUGGAAUGCAGAAACGGGGGAGAAUGAUCGUGUACAAGGACAUGGUCAUGGAAAUCAAAUUAACGGAAUGAAGGCCGCGGGUAAUUUACUUUAUACUGCCGGCAUCGACGAUACUUUAAGAUCAAUCGAUAUUGCAACAAAUGCUUACGCAGAGACGUCUGUAGUAAAAUUGGAUUCGCAGCCACGAGGUCUGGAUAUAUAUAAUGAUAUAGCUAUAGUGGCUUCAGUUCGUCAGAUCGCAGUUACGCAAAAUAGUAAUAAGCUAUCAAGUUUACCAAUUAAUUACGAACCAUCAUGUGUGUCAAUUAAUCAAGAAACUGGAGAUGUAGCUGUUGGCUCUACAUCUGACAAUAAAGUUUAUAUUUAUGAAUUGUCAGACACUACACUAACUCAAAAGACUGAAUUAGAACACCUGGGUCCAGUUACGGAUGUUUCAUAUAGCCCUGAUAAUAAAUAUUUAGUUGCCUGUGAUGCAAACAGAAAAGUUAUAUUAUAUGCUGUACCAGAAUAUAAGAGGCUAGCACAUAAUAGAGAAUGGGGAUUCCAUAAUGCAAGAGUAAACUCCGUUGCAUGGUCACCAAAUUCUGACAUGGUUGCAAGUGGUAGUCUCGAUACGACUAUUAUUAUCUGGAGUGUAACAAAUCCCGCGAAACAUACUAUCAUUAAAAAUGCACAUCCUCAAAGCCAAAUAACACGUUUAGUUUGGCUAGAUGAAGAAACAUUAAUCUCUGUUGGACAGGACUGCAAUACUAAAAUAUGGCGUAUAGAAAAAAUAUAAUUAACUUUUGGAAGAAUUUAUUGUCACUUAUAAGGAAAAACUCAAUUUUGGAAGCAUUUUAUUUAUUUCGUAGUCUAUGAAUAUUGUAUAUUAUU